AUGCCUCAGCUCGCCGAAAAGUCUACGCCCCUAUCAUCUCGUCUUGACGAGGACGGGCCAAUCUCGCCAGGAUCUUGGAGCGAGAGAGCAGAUGCGUCCAACUGGCGACAACCAAAAUGGACCUCCCGAGGAAGAGGCAUUCGACCUUUCGUGCUCCUGUGCACUGCCGCCGCUGUCUUUGUUGUGACUGCCGGAUUAGGGGUUGCAUCAAAGCUGGUUUCGACCUACGACAGAGAACCUGUCCAUCAAUCCGCCAUCCCUGCGGCCAGGUUCCACUGUGGCAGCACAACUGCCGAGGCCGAAGCGCUUGGCUGUACCUACAAUGAGCUUGAACUAGGUUGGCUUCCUCAGGCGUGCCAGGACCACGAAAUCACAGAGCUCUUCCACCAAGCAGGCCCCUGGACGUAUUAUUCUGACCCCAACAAGACCACAGAGCUCACCCUGGAGGAGGUGUCGCGAACAGUGGACGCUGACGAACACAUAUGGAUGUCACAGCGGUGGCACAGCGUCCAUUGCCUAUUUCAGUGGAAGAAGAUGCAUCGCGCUGUUAUGCUGAACUCCGGCCGCAUGGCGGAGGGACUUGCAGACUAUCACCACACCAUGCACUGCGAAAGCGUUAUAAUGGACGAACUCACAGGGAAGGACGCCGAGGGAAUGACGGCAGAGGGCAUCGUGGAGUUGAUGAGCUGUUGA